UAUUUGGGACAUGUAAGUGGAGAGGCAUGAACCUGAUUCAUUUCCUGAUCCAGUGAUGCUCCCAGCCCGCCCCCAAACAGACACAGCAUAGCCCAGGCCAGCUCUUAAGGAGCUCAGGAGUGAGAAGAGGCCCUCAGAGAUCUGACAGCCUGGCAGUGCAUGGACACCGCCUCAGCCCACUGAGCAGGAAUCCCGGCACGAAGACCAAGCACAAAGCGACCCCUGCCCUCCAUUCUGACUGCUCCUCCUAAGAGAGAUGGCACCAGCCAGAGCAGGAUUCUGUCCCCUUCUGCUGCUUCUGCUGCUGGGGCUGUGGGUGGCAGAGAUCCCAGUCAAUGCCAAGCCCAAGGGCAUGACCUCAUCUCAGUGGUUUAAAAUUCAGCACGUGCAGCCCAGCCCUCAAGCAUGCAACUCAGCCAUGAAAAACAUCAACAAGCACACAAAACGGUGCAAAAACGUCAACACCUUCCUGCAAGAGCCUUUCUCCAGUGUGGCCACCACCUGCCAGACCCCCAAAAUAGCCUGCAAGAAUGGCGAUAAAAACUGCCACCAGAGCCGCGGGCCAGUGUCCCUGACCAUGUGUGAGCUCACCUCAGGGAAGUAUCCGAACUGCAGGUACAAAGAGAAGCGACAGAACAAGUCUUACAUAGUGGCCUGUAAGCCUCCCCAGAAAAAGGACUCUCAGCAAUUCCACCUGGUUCCUGUGCACUUGGACAGAGUCCUUUAGGUUUCCAGACUGCCUUGCUCUUUGGCUGAGCUUCAAUUCCCUCUCCAGGCUUCCGCACCACUCCCCUACACCCAGAGCAUUCUCUUGCCCUCAUCUCUUGGGGCUCUUCCUGGUUCAGCCUCUGCUGGGAGGCUGAAGCUGACACUCUGGUGAGCUGAGGUCUAGAGGGAUGGCUUUUCAUCUUUUUGUUGCUGUUUUCCCAGAUGCUUAUCCCCAAGAAAGAGCAAGCUCAGGGCUGUGGGUUCCCUGGUCUCUGCCUUUGCACGUGUCUCCCCUGCCCCCUGGCAUUAGGGCAGCAUGACAAGGAGAGGAAAUAAAUGGAAAAGGGGCA